AUGCUUCCUGCAUCUUCGAGGUUUUGGGUCCGAGGCUUCCACAAACAUCACAAACCGAUUUUGACUCAAGGGUUGCAUCGAAGCAUCGAAUUGCAGGAGCUGCUGGGCGGUGCUUUUCUUCGCCUGGAUGAUGGUGAUCCUGAGGGCGCUCUGUCCUGCGCACUGCAGGCGCUUUGCUUGAGCGCGGGGCCCACGGCGAUGGCGGCCGCUGCCUGGAGAGCCUCGCAGCGGGAGUCCGCCUUGCAGGUCUGCAGGGAGAUUCUGCAGCGAGGAGGGAUCCUGGUGGACAGGGGCCACGGCCAAAUCCUCAAGAAGACCUUGGAGGAUGGCUCGUCUGUUGUUUGCACCAAGUGCGGGGCGCUUGUCGCCAGCUCGAGGGCAGAGGCUCAUCGGUCUUUUUGGUGUCCAAGCCUCCAAAACGACAAGGACGAGGCUGGGGCGACUCGGGAUCUGCGAGACGACGGUGCAGACCCGGAGUCCAUGCAGCUGGACUAG